ACUGGUUAAGUGCCAGGAGCGGCGAUGGAGGGAGCUGAACGCCGAGCCGCGGCUUUAGCGGGGUCGGCGAGGUUUGGCGGUCGAGGGCGGCCGCAGACGCGGCGGCGCGGGCAGCAGCAGCAGCGCUCGGCCUUGCGGCCGGGGCAGCGUGGCAAAGGAGAGAAGGUGAUAAAUUGCAAGCCCAAGAACCAGGAUGAACAGGAAAUCCCUUUCCGGCUCCGAGAGAUUAUGAGGAGCCGACAGGAGAUGAAGAACCCUCUCAGCAGCAAGAAGAGGAGAAAGGAGGCUCAGGUGGCCUUCAGGAGGACUUUAGAGAAGGAAGCAAGGGGAACGGAACCAGACAUUGUUGUCCCCAAGUUCAAGCAGAGGAAGGGGGAGUCUGAUGGGGCUUAUAUCCAGCGCAUGGAGCAGGAGGCCCAGCAUGUGAUGUUCCUCAGUAAGAAUCAGGCCAGCCGUCAUCCAGAAGUGCAGGUGGCUUCCAAGAAGGAGAAGUCUGAUCGGAAGAAAUCUUUCCAGAGACGACGACUGGACAAAGCCCGGCAGAAGAAGGAGGCAAGGGCAGCAGAUAGGCUGGAGCAGGAGCUGCUGCAAGAUACGGUAAAGUUUGGAGAGGUCGUCUUGCAGCCCCCAGAGCUGACCGCCAAGCCCAGGAGGAGUGAAACCAGAGACCAGCCUUGCCAGAAGUCACUGAUGCUGAGGAAGCUUUUGAUCCCCAGCAAUGUGUCCCAGCCCCUGACCAUCUCGCUGGCCCGGCAACGAAUCAUGCAGGAGGAGCGGGAUCGGGCUGUGCAGGCCUACAGAGCUCUGAAGCAGCAGCAGCAAAAGCAGAGCACAUUGCCUCCAAAGCUGCCUAGCCACACCCAGAGGACACUUGGGGCACAGCCAUGAUGGAGAGAUCCAGAGCCUAUGUGAACCCUGAAAGCUGCCUUGCGGGUGCUGCACCUAGGCAGAGGCAGGCCACACAGACGGAUUUCUCUGGACAGGCCUGCACGCCGGCUGGCCUUGCAGGAGAGUCUCUAGGUCUUUUCUUGUUCUUCCCCCUAAGGACUGUCCUUUUGGUAUUGACCACCAGUGGGGUGAUCACAGGAUUGACCCCUAGUUUGGUGCUGAUACCUGGUUGAGACCCAGCCAGUGAGCCAGGUCUCAUUGUGCUCCUGAGCCUAGCUUCAUUCUGAAAUACAAGAGUCCAGACUGAGAUGACCCAGGGCCUCUUAAGCGUGGGCCCAAUCCCAUGACCUGCCUCUAAACACCUGUUACUCAUUGAAACUGCUGAUUCAGGUCAGCUCAGAGUUUAAGAGGCUCUGGUGGAUUCAUCAGCACAACACAGGCAGGGGCCAGCCUGAGCAAGUAGCAGGCAGACCCUGGGGCAGGGCUGACGGGCAGCGCCUAGACCACCUUACAGGGUCUGUAGGGAUCAGGACCCCAGCCCACUUAAUGCUCCUCACAGAGGCGGGGGAGCCCCAGCUCAGCUAUGGUUUGGAGACAGAUGACUGUCCAUGUGCCAGGAGAGUGGGAGCAGGUUUCUGAGCCACAUAAUAGGUCUUUGGGAAAUGGGGUUGGCCUCGAGAGAGGGCCCAGACUCUGAUUAGAGAGCAGGACUGGUGAGAACUCCCAUGUGGAGCAGGAUCUUGCCAGGUUUGAAUCUCCUGCUGGCAUCCAAGGAGGGAACACCUGCUGUCAGCUACAGAUGGUGUGUAUUGGGAGAGACUUAAAACCCAAGUCUGGACUGAGGGUGUGGCUCAGAGACAGAGUGCUUGCCUAGCAUAUGUGAGGCCCUGGGUUCCUUCCUAGCACCUUGUGGCACCCUGCUGGGAAGUGAGCAGUCUUCCCAGCUGCACACCUCCCUGUCUGCCCCUGGAGAAGUGGUCCGGAGAGCUCAGCAGAGACUGUGUUGGCCAAGGAGAACUUGAGAAGUGGUUUGGUUAUGUGUUGCCCUUCCCCGGCUUGCAUUUUCCAGAAUGAAGUUUAUUUGUAUUAAAGUUUUAUUUUCUUGGAAAUUGG